AUGCAGUCAGGUCUGUCGAGAAUCAAAUAUAGCCUUGUAUACGCCAGAUCUCUCAGCAAGUCACCAAGAAACCAAUACAACUGCCUUCUGUUACGGGUAUUGGAGUAUUGCGCAGGUAUCCUCAUCCUGACCACAAACCGAAUCCGCGAGUUCGAUGUUGCAGUCCAGUCGCGAGUCAAUCUUGGCGUUAUGUACGACGAUGUGGAAACACCACAGAAACUGAAGAUCAUCGAGAACUUCCUUGAGCAACUAAGAGAUGAAAACGUCGAAGGCCGCGAGAGAAUUAUUCAGUGGUUCAAGGAAGAUGAGGACGGUGAUCGUUUGAUCAAGUCGCGGGCUCUCAACGGCCGCCAAGUCAGAAAUAUUCUAUUCUCUGCGGCGUCGCUGGCGAUGAAAGACGGCAAGGUCUUGAAACUAGACCAUGUUAAAAAGAUGGCAAGGGCCACCUAUCUGUUCAACGAUAGCAUUAAAGCCAUCGUGGAAGCUGCACGGAGGAAAGCAGAAGCGAAGAGCGAAUUUUAA